GUUCCUAAGAAUGAUGCGGGCUGCCGGAGCACUACCGCAUGUACUACAAUUCAUCCGGGACGAAUACGUCUGCGACCAAUGCUCCAUCCGGCAGCGGCCGGAUCAUCGCCACCGAGCUCAUUGCCCACGGAACUAUGAGUUCAAUCGCACCCUGUCCAUCGACGUCUUCUACGUUAAGUUUGGCGCCUAUCAGGUCCCCAUCCUGAACAUGACGGACACUGGGACAUGCUACCAGGUGCUCCAGAGGCUGCCGAUUGCGGCCGGCAGCAGCGGAGGGACACCUACUUCUGAAGCUACCUGGAGGGCAUUCUUGGCCACUUGGGUGCGAUUCUUUGGCCCUCCGGAAGUCCUGGUAUGCGACGCUGGGUCAGAGUUCAAGGCUCACUUUGAGCGAGGUUGUGAGACCCAGGGCAUCCUUCAGCAUGUCGUUUUACCUGAAAAUCCAUGGAAAAAUGCCAUCAGUGAACGCCACGGCGGCUUCAUCAAGCACCGCUUGGACCAAGAGCUAUCAUCAGGACGCUGCAUUCUGCAGUCCUGGGAGGACUUAGAUGACUACCUUCAUGAGAUGGCGUCAGUCAAAAAUAGGUGGGUGAGUCGCGACCUCCUGAGCGACGACCAUACCGGCCUUAUGGCGCUCCAGGACGCUUUAGAAGAUCC